AUGCCGGGCCUUGCCAUGAGGCUCCCGCUCACGACCAUCUCGUGCGCGCUGGCGUCCUCUGGCACCGUGGCUGGCCAGCCGGGGCUGCAGGGGCACACCCUUCCCGCAGCCGCCGCCGCCGGCACGACCAACGGGGCCCAGGUGCUGCGCGAGCAGCAGUCUUCCACAGAGCUCGGGACGCCCCAGGACGACUUCGUCCAGCUGCUGCACGAGCAGCACUCCUCCACGGAGCUCGGGUUGCCCCAGGACCAGUUCGACGAGCUCUUGCAGGGAAUUCGAGGCAUGAGUCAGACGAGCAUCGAGGAUUGGUUGGCUCACCUCGACGAUCCUGAGUACAAGUCUAAGAUAAGCGCCGCCGAGCAGGUCCUGAACACCGACGCGGCCGCGCGGUUCUCCAAGGUGCUCUCUGAGGGUUGCGCCGACGACCCGAUGUGGCGAGACGUGGACGGCGACGGCUGCGAGAUCUACAAGUUCCUGAUCGAGUCUGGCAGGCACUCAGGGGCCGCCUGCAGCGGGGGCGGCAACCUCACGCCCGACAGGAGCAAGCCCCUGGUACCUCGGGGCCUCCGGGGCGCCUACGUGGAGGUCGUGGCGGACGCCACGGCCAUGGUCUUCUGCCCCGCCACUUGCGGCAUGUGCAACCCGACGCUCGUGGGCUCAUUGAGCACGGGUCAACGGGGCAGGCUCCUGCAGAUGGCGCGCCCGCAGGCAUGA